AUGAUUCUUAGUAGGGGGGUUUGGACUGAUUUGAAAAAUCUGUGGCCAGUAGAACAUUCCCAAAAGUACCUCGUGAAGCGUGAUGAUGAACUUGAAAUUACCGAUGGAUACACAAAAUUGUAUCUAGAAAUUAGAGGGAACUGUCUAUUUGGCUACAGUACUAAUGAGUACUCGGCAAAUCAGAAUUGCGAACCCAUCGCGGCAUGGAUACUGGAACACGUACACAUCGAGAUAAAGACAGAUACUUUUGUAAGUGCGUAUGACCAAGAUUACUUUGCAGCGGUGGAAAUAUUUAAAAAUUCAGACUCACAAAAGCCCUUUUUGAGGAUAUUCACAAAUUCUCAAGGAACAGCAGUUGACUUAUGUGAUAAAUUAAACAAAUGCAGUUUAACCAAUUUAAAGCGCCUAGCAGAUAAAGAUAUGAACAUAUCUGCGCAAUUGGCUUUAAAUCGAUUGGAAUCGCUUAAAUAUGAACAUUCAUUUAUUAAGAGACAACAAGAAGCCUUAAGGCUAGAUAACACUCUGCUUCUGACGCAGUCUAACGUAAACAAGCAGGUAUUUUCAGAAUAUGGAAGAAUAUAUGCAUUGGAAAAUGCACAACUAAAAAAGGAACUUGAGCAAACACUUGAAGUUUUAAGGGACAAGGAUUCAACAAUAGAGUCCCUUAGAAAUGAACUUAAGAUUUACCGAUCUAAAAUAAGCGAGAAUCAGGCCAUAACCGAUGAGUUGAAGGAAACCAUAAGUUCCACAAAUGCUGCUAUUGAUGACGUUAACUCUAUACCAGAAAAGAGACUUCGUGUAAUGUACACCAAAAGGACCAGACAAGCUAACAUGUUAUCGCUGAAGCUUUUAAAUUCUAAGCACGAAAAUUCUAUGGUACUAAGCAAGUACCAUUCACUCAAACAUGAUAUGAAUGAGGAAUUGGACAGAAUUCAUGCAAUUCUGAGAUUCGAUGAUAUGUACGAAAUGCUCAAGCUUUGGAUACUAUGUAAUGAAUUAAAGGUAGACUAUUACGAAAAAAUUACGGACAUGACACAAGAGGAACAGGACAAAUUACUAAAACAUAUUGAAAUGGCUCAAGAAGAUCUCAAAGUUGCAAUUGUUAUUGCACGGGCCUCCUACAUAACUUAUCGUACCGAUAUUUUCAAUCAAAUUUUAAAAUCAUGCCGAAUAGGAGCACAUCCCACAUUUAACAAGUCACAGGAGAUUAUAAAUGAAUCAUUCGAACGACUUUCGUGGAUAUUCCAUCCUGAAGUAUGCAAAAUGGAUGACCAAAGUACUGAACCUGUGUGGAUAAAUUCCACGAAAAUGACGCAAUUUCUCGAACACAAACUUUAUAGGAACGAAAUUCCAUGGUAUAAUAGGCUUUCAUUUGCCUCUGCACUGAAACCGGUACUAAGCUAUGACGCAUGUAAUAAAAACGAGUUGGAGCUUAAAAAACAACUCUAUUAUUGUGUAAACCAAAACUUGAAUCUCGGACAAAAGAUCAAAUCUCUAAAUAAGCAAAUAGGAAUGAAAGAUGUAAAGCUUUCUUGUGUAUCAUCCGAGUCUCCGGAUUUAUACCCAGAUGCUCCAAUAUAUUUUCUGGAGAACAAGGGUCUUGUGCAGAGCAACAAACUCAAGUCUUUGAUAGAGCAGGAAUUUCAAGGAGUGGAAGUUGAUGCAUUAAACAUUGCUGACAUUAACAUUUAUGAGCUCAUAAAGAGUCACUUUAGACACUGUACAACAUUUAUCGCAGCUCACGAUGCAAGUAUCUUGCGUUUCUGCACUUCAGUCUGGGUAUUCCACGACGGAUCCCUAAUUAAGAUCUGCAAAGCAAAGGACAUUAUAGACAGUGAAUCACCGUCAAAGAUUAUAGAGGAUUGUGUUUCAGAGACUAAUUAA